CAUUGUUAUAUCAAGGAUUUGUUGCUUAAAACAGAGUAUUCUUUCGUUUAGUGUAAUUAGGCAUCGCAAUCACUGCGACGCUUAUUACAUCCGGGCAUUUUAAGCGGUUCGUCUCGAAGAUCAACAAAACAGACAUGGCAUCAUAUGGAAAAAAGACAACAUUAGCAGGGGGUGGGGCUAGAAAGAAGGGAGGUCCCAAACCAGAACUGACAGAUGAACAAAGGCAGGAGAUAAGAGAAGCUUUUGAUUUGUUUGACACAGAUGGAUCUGGUACUAUAGAUGCCAAGGAGUUGAAAGUAGCUAUGAGGGCUCUUGGCUUUGAACCUAAGAAAGAGGAAAUCAAAAAGAUGAUAGCUGACAUUGAUAAAGAAGGAUCUGGUACCAUUGACUACAAUGACUUCCAAAAUAUCAUGACACAGAAAAUGAGUGAAAAAGAUUUGAAAGAAGAAAUCCAGAAAGCAUUCAGGCUUUUUGAUGAUGAUGACACAGGAAAAAUCUCAUUUAAGAACUUAAAGAGGGUGUCAAAAGAAUUGGGAGAAAACCUAACAGAUGAAGAACUUCAGGAAAUGAUUGAUGAAGCAGAUAGGGAUGGUGAUGGUGAAAUCAAUGAACAAGAAUUCCUGAAGAUCAUGAAGAAAACAAGUCUUUAUUAACCACCACUAGACUGUUCAAAUCUCAAACAUUCUUAAGCCACAUUCUCAUUGGUUGUCUGGGACCACAGAAAGGCGGAGCUUAUUUUGAUUGACAGAGAGGAAUGAGUGAGACAUUCUACGGUGUCUGUGUGAGUGGAUGAAGAUGAUGUAUGGUAGAUAACUGUUAGAUUAUUUAUGUCUUGUGAUAAAUUAAGUCAUUCAUGAAAUUAAGACUGAUAAAAUUGUUUUGUUGUUCCAGUGUACCUAUUUAUGGAGACAAUCUAGUUAAAUUUAUAAUAAUACCUCAAUUCUUCCAGCCCUGUAUUUUGUCUUCAUUCUUAUCUUUCUAAUGAUGAAUGUUUUGUCUUCAUUUCCACGGUAAAGAAAUAGUUUUCAAUGUAGAACUUUUGGUAAAUUAUGAAUGUUUCUUGAAUUGUUCAAUAUGCUGUUAUGAAGUGCUUUAAGGAAUACUAGCCUUUGAUGUAAUUAUGUGUUGAUGAUAUAGAUCUGAACAAGCAUUUAUCCCUGUGUCCGUUCUAGUUGUUUGUUUUGUAUACUCUCAGAAAUAUUUACAGUAUCUAAUAUUGCCAUAAAAAAUAAACUACUGAAUGCCUAAA